AUGGCGCUACUUGAUUUCGCCGAUGUAUCCAAACCAGGGAAAAGUACGAUGGUGAACGGGUUGGUGAAUUACCUGCUUGGCGUGAAAUGGGAUGAAGAUAGGCGAUUCAAGAUCGAUAUGGCAUUCGCAAUUAGCGGGGAAGAGAGUUAUUCGAGUCAAACUAAAUGGGUCUCAGGAUACACCAUCAAUAAUCCAGAACACGGGAUCAUCACCAUCGUGGACACGCCCGGCUUUGCGGACACGGGAGGCAUGGACAUCGAUGCCUUCAUCCCAGAGCAGAUUCGAACCUUCUUCAGGAUUAAUGACAUGAAGAAGCUAAGCGGGGUAGGGCUCGUCGUCUCGGCAGCCCAGGCGAGGUUAACCCCAGCUGAAAAAUACGUCUAUCAUUCUUGUCUGAAGAUGUUUGGGAACGAUGUGACCGAAAAUCUCUACGUCGUCUUCACCUUCUCGGACUGCAGUGAACCGCCAGCCUUAGAGGCUAUCAAGGUGGAGAACAUUCCAUAUCGGGACUACUUCCAAGUUAACAAUUCCGGCCUAUAUUCCGCUAAUAAGCCGAAAGAGGUCACCAGCUUCGCCAAGCUGUAUUGGGAUAUGGGAGUACGGGGAUUUCGGAAGUUGUGCACCAGUUUGUCUACGAUCACACCAGUCAACCUGGCAUUGACCAGUGAGGUCAUGGCGGAACAAGAUGUUCUGGAUGGUAAAGUCACAGAACUCAAGAUUCAGCUUGAAAACAGUUUUCAGGAAUUGAUUGCCCUGGAGAAAAAGGAGAAGGAGCUUUUGCUGAACCCAUCCAGGUCUAGUAUCAAAAGGAUACUCUGCGAGGCACAGUUGACCCUGACGAGAACUUUGAAUAAUUUAAACGAUUCGUUGCUGCAACUCGACAGAAGCAGCAUGAAAUCCUUGACAAUGACGGUGUUGGAUUAUAUCCAGCUCCACAUCGACGCAGAACUCCAAGAGAGAACGAUUGGCUACAAAGAAAGACUCCGGGUCCUGAAUGAAGCAAAGAUAAAAGCUGAAAAAAUUUGCAGAUCGGAUCGUUCCCCAGACAAGUGA